CACACACACACACACACACACACACACACACACAGCAUAUUCCUACACACACCAAACAUUUACACACGCAUACACACAGUCCAGCUGAUUCAGCUUGCAUGGAAACACCCCUUAGAUUUACUAUAAAUCUCUGGUUGUCUAUAACUCGGUUGUGUACAGUAAAUAAAUGAACGAUUAUAUUUACUAUUUACGGUAAAAAUAAUAAUUAACAAGCAAACAAAUAGCAAUAAUUAUCAAUAAGCCUUUUAGCAACGCCAGUGAAUCGAAAAUUUUGUUAAUAGAGAUAAAAUAGUGGACAAAACGCUGACUCCUUAUGCGGAAUAUUGACACAUUACUUUUUUUAGUAACUUAAUUAAUCAGGAGGAUAAAUAAAUCAAAGCUUGAUGAAUUGACUGGUUACUUCUUCUAUUGAUAUCGAGCACUCUUGACGGUUGUUUCAUGGAGAUUAAUGAUUUUUAUUCAUUUCCUGGUCUAAAGUUGUCCUCUUUGUUAAUUAGCUUUAGAAAAUUGACUGUCGAAAGUGAACAGAGCUGUUGAAAUUGUUUUUACUCGCACGUUGGGCAUAAGGUGCUCUGGAUUUAAAAAUAUAGUGGUACACGACAAGUGUGCAAGAUAACUCUUGUAUCACUGUGAUGUUUCCGUCAGGUUUUAGCUGCAACCUCUCAUUCCCAAGCUGUCUCGGCUACCCACAAGAUAGUGAGGAACUUAUUCCCAAAAUGGCUAGAGAACCAAUUAUUCUCAAUGUUUACGAUAUGUAUUGGAUGAAUGAGUACACAACACCUAUCGGCUUAGGAGUCUUCCAUUCAGGUGUUGAAAUUUAUGGUGUUGAAUAUGCUUAUGGUGGACACUCGCUCCCAAUAUCUGGUAUUUUUGAAAUAGCACCACGUGACGCUGAUGAACUUGGAGAGCAAUUUAGAUUUCGACAAUCUGUUCAUAUUGGCUACACCGAUUUUACGGAAGAAGAUGUAGCCAGAAUUGUCGCUGAGCUUGGAAAAGAUUUUCGUGGUGAUCGUUAUCACUUGAUGAACAAAAAUUGUAACCAUUUCAGCGGACAAUUGACACAAAUUUUGUGCGGUAAGUCCUGUGUUAAUGAUUCAUCAAAGCAGAUUAAACAAGUGUUAGCCUCUUAGGUGUAUGUUACCUCCUAAUUGUGACUAUUUAUUUCAGACUUACGGAAAAACAAACAUGACGUUUUACCGUGAUGAGCGACCUAACUGGAUAAAACCGAAUGAUCCGUUCUUUGCUAUGUAUCCCAAUAAUUGUGUAAAUAGAACGGUCUGGCUCUUGAGGACCGUGCCAACUAAAACACCUACAAAGGAAGGAAAACCUAUUUCUGUUUUAGAGGUAUGUCUGUAAAAACAGCAUAGCUGUCUUUAUAUGUGACCGAUGUAUUCCUAUCUUAUUUAAAUUGACUAUCUUCGUUGCAGUAUUUCCUGUCUAUGGAUGAGGAAAGCUUCUGGUUGGUGAUAGACCGCUGUCCCGACUGUACGAGCUAUCUUCUUUUU